UUCUUGAUCUGCUCGCCAUCCGCUCUAAAUCCACUUCGAUACCUUCCUGGAUCUCCCCAGUCUGCCAGCAUGGGCGACGCACCACUCCCCAACCCCGUCAUCGUCCUCGCCUUCUUCCGCGAAAUCCCACCCGCAUUUCGCGAAGCCAUCCAGAACAAGUUCCCCGAUGCGAACCUGGAAGCCCUGGUUCUCCAGCGAGGAGAGCCAAUUCCAACCGACGUGUCCCGGAAAGCCACUGUAAUCGUAACGUUCACGAACCUCCCCACGCCGGAAGAUGCAGCCCAUAUCAAGGUUAUUCACUUCCUCUCUGCAGGACUGGACCACUUGAUCCACCACCCGGUUCUCACCCAAACCUCCAUCCCCGUAACGACCAGCUCCGGCAUCCACGGCCCGCCAAUCGCAGAGUGGACGAUCAUGAACUGGCUGGUGGCCUCGAAGAAAUACGCCCGGUCGUACGAGAACCAGAAGACACACACAUGGGGCUCGCACGACGCAUACAUGGACGGCUUGCACGACCAGGUCGGCAAGAAGGUCGGAAUCCUGGGCUACGGAAGCAUCGGACGACAGAUUGGUCGAGUCUGCGCCGCAAUGGGCAUGACCGUCCACGCCUACACCGCAUCCCCGCGAACAACGCCCGCCUCGCGCCGCGACCCCGGAUACAUCGUCCCCGGAACAGGCGACAAAGACGGCACCGUCCCUGUGUCCUGGCACCACGGGACAGACCGCGCAUCCCUGCACGCGUUCCUCGCCCUCGGUCUGGACCACGUUGUCGUGUGUCUGCCCCUCACGCCGCAAACAACACACAUGCUCGGCGCCGACGAGUUCGCGCUGCUGUCCGCCCGCCGACGGACCCCGCACAUCGCGCCGUACCUGACCAAUAUCUCGCGCGGAAAGGUCAUCGACCAGGCGGCGUUGCUGGCGUCGCUGGCAUCCGGAGAGCUGCGUGGUGCGGCGCUGGACGUGACUGACCCCGAGCCGCUCCCGGGGGACCACCCGCUGUGGGAGGCGCCGAAUGUUCAGAUCAGUCCGCAUGUCAGUGGAUUGGGCGAGGAGUAUUUCCCGCGGUCGUUGGAUAUUCUCCGGGAGAAUCUGGGUAGACUGGAGAGGGGGGAGGCGUUGAUAAAUGAAUACAAGCGGGGGAAGGGAUAUUAAGGUAAUAGACUGGG